AUGCGAGAAGCGGGGGUGGUCGGGGCAGUGGUGCUGGCGAUGCUGGUGCUGGCAGUCGUCGUGCUGGUUCAUGUGGCAGACGCACAGACCCAACUCGGAGAGUACUUCGAGAAGAAGGAGGGCCGGUGCGCGCAAGACAAUCCACACCCCAAGCCCUUCAAGCCGAAGAAGAAGCUGGCGUUCUGCCACGACUACCAGGAGCGGGGCUGCUGCGACCGAAAGCUGACCAAGAGCAUCAAGGCCGCCGUGGACGCCCUGGUCGACCCGGCCUGCUCCAACUGCUACGCCGUCGUGGCCGACUACAAGUGCGCCGAAUGCUCGCCCGACUCGGCCAUGUUCCACGAGGGCCUGAAGAGUCAGAUUAGGUUCUGUUGGGACUACUGCUUGGCCAUAUUCAACACGUGCAAGGACAUUCCCCUCUCGCUCGGGAACGAUCCGUUCUAUCUCAACGAGGGCCGGAUGACGGCCGAGGAGUGGUGCGCGGACAAGGUGGACGAGGAGCCCUUCUGCUUUCGUGGGUUCAUUCCGACGGAACGCGACAGCGCGUGCCUGUGUCCCUCGCACGACUGUCACCUCCCGUCGGCCUACCACGACGACUACGAGCUCUGA